AUGCCGGCCAGCGGAAGGCCUGUAAAAGGAGGAAUAUAUGAAAAGAUACGUAGAUUUAUACGAACAUUACAUUUUUUAAUUGUAAUGUUCGCUUCGUUAUUGAUAUUAUGGCUACCGGUUUUGGUUUCGGUUGGUGAUGUAUUGGUUUCUUAUGUUUUGACUUCAAGUUUUACGUGUAUUAGAUGUUAUAGUUUUGAUGAGCAUUUACGUAGAUACGAUUUUAGAAGCUCGUUGACGGAUGUGCCUAUCGUUUCGGUGGCCAGGUCUCUCGUGAUUACAUGUGUAUAUAUGAUGUAUGAGGGGCCUUUGUUCUCACAUGGGCAAUAUCUUGGAACAGUGACAUUGUGCUCCAUUUUUUCAAUUCUUGUUUUAUCGGUUAAAGCAUGUGUUUUUAGUGUAAAUUCUCAACAUGAGGCUGAUGCUUCAUCUUCUCUUUCGAAUCAACGGGUUUUUCAGAAGAAAUCAUGGGGGAUGAAUGUAUUGUAUCUGUCAUCUGUGGUUUUUGCUCUUGGGCAUACUGUUAUUGCUUACCGAACAAGUUGUAGAGCACGGAGGAAGCUUAUGUUUAAUCGAGUUGGUCCCGAUUCGGUUGGUUUGAGCCAAUUUUUAUUUUCAUUCGGCUAUGCUAAGCUCCCACGAUCUUCAACUCCUGCUGAAAGGGCACAUAAAAGUGAUAAUGAAAUUAAACGAAAGCCUCUUCGGAUAAGUCAUAAUCACAGUGAACUUCCUGUCAGACUACUAGCUGAUGUUGAUAGUUUAUUUAUGGUAUGGAAUGGUCUCACAAUUCACUACAAACUUCACGUACCCAAUCCGCCUUCACGUACACUAUCUUCUACAACUCUACUCGAUAAUCCUUGUUUAAACUCUCCUCCAAAAACCCCACAACAUCUUCGUAGGAGUUUUAGUAUUCAAAUUCAAGAUUCAUCUCUUUACACUCCAUUAUUGGAUGGAAGUAGUUCCUCUCCGUUUUCUGAACAAAUGCCGGUUAGUAAUGUUGAUGAAGGUCAUAAUGAGUACAUUACUAGUAAAUGGGCCCAAAAAGUUUCGGAUGUUAAUGGGCAAUUUGGGGUUGUUUUAGUACACGGUUUUGGAGGUGGGGUGUUCUCGUGGAGACAUGUAAUGGCAGUGCUGUCUCGACAAGUUAAUUGUAUUGUAGCAUCUUUUGAUCGACCUGGUUGGGGAUUGACUUCUAGGCCAAGCCGAGAGGAUUGGGAGGCAAAUAAACUGCCUAAUCCUUACAGACUUGAUACACAGGUAGACAUGCUCAUUUCUUUCUGUAAAGAGAUGGGACUCUCUUCUGUAGUACUUGUUGGUCAUGACGAUGGAGGCCUGCUUGCGUUAAAGGCUGCACAAAGAGUCCGCUCAUCAUCAAACUCGGUUAAUGUUAAUAUUAAGGGGGUAGUAUUGCUCACAGUAAGCUUGUCAAGAGAAGUGGUGCCCGGGUUGGUUAGAAUACUCAUGCGUACUUCUUUAGGGAAGAAGCACUUGGUUCAUUCUCUACUCCGAACGGAAAUUUGUCAAGUUGUUAACCGAAGAGCAUGGCAUGAUGCUACCAAGCUAACAACGGAUGUGUUAAGCCUCUACAAGGCCCCACUAUAUGUAGAAGGCUGGGAUGAAGCAUUGUAUGAGAUUGGGAAACUAUGGUCUGAUACGUGUCUCUCUGAACAAAAUGCAUCCUUAUUGGUGAAGUCAGUGGAAGAUACUCCGGUUAUGGUCAUUGCAGGAGCCGAAGAUGCCUUUGUUCCUCUAAAAUCUGUUCAAGCCAUGGCAUCUAAAUUUAUAAAUUCUACACUAGUUGCAAUAUCUAGUUGUGGCCAUCUGCCUCAUGAAGAGUGCCCCAAGGUGUUGCUAGCAGCAAUCUUACCUUUCAUACGUAAACUGUCAAGUAAGGAUGAUCAUAAAUAG